UUUGUUGCACCAGAAGCUGCUCAUAUCUCCACUGGAACUGACCGGUCGCUCGUCUUCUAUAUGUCUAGGAAUUGGAGAGCAUGUAUGAUUAUCUGGCCAAGGUGAUUCUUCUUGGGCCAAGCGGGGCUGGAAAGUCCUGUGUGCUACACCGCUUCGUGAAGAAUGAAUGGAGAGUGCUGUCGUCGCAAACAAUUGGGGUGGAAUUCUCCUCACGGAUAGUCAAAUUAGGCACCGGGUCCCGACGAACAAGGAUCAAAUUCCAACUCUGGGACACUGCUGGGACAGAGAGGUUCCGAUCUGUCUCUAGGUCCUAUUACCGAGGGGCUGCAGGAGCAAUCCUCAUUUACGAUGUAUCCUCACAGGCUUCAUUCACGUCCCUUCCGACAUUCCUCAUGGACGCUCGGGCUCUUGCUUCCCCCAACCUCACUGUCCUGCUCGCAGGGAAUAAGGCAGAUCUCACUUCGGAUGCAAUGCAACAUAACGAUAGCUUUGACGAUAUUUUCCGGCCGCCUCCUACGCCGUCUAGCACGUCCAGCAAGCAUUCUUCCUUCCCUAUGGACCCCGCCGGCGGGUCUGUUCGCUCCACGGUGAAUUAUGAAGCAGGAACAAGGAUGACAGCGACGAAUACACUCCAUGGCCGUGAAGUCAGCACCGAAAGUAUGUCACGCUGGGCCGCCAAAUCCGGCAUUCCAGUAGCCGUCGAGAUUUCGGCUCUAACUGGCGAUGGUGUGGAAGAAUUGUUCAACCGGCUGGCCCGGAUAAUCCUCACGAAGAUUGAGCUAGGAGAAAUAGAUCCUGAUGAUCCACAAAGCGGGAUCCAAUAUGGAGAUGGUGGUCUUUAUGGUCCCAGUGCAAGUGAUGGAUCUAGUAUUCGGAGUCGAACGACUCUUGAUGACGGCUCCGUCCAACUGCGUCGUCGAUAUAACAGAGCUGGAGCCGAGAAUAGCCGAAGACGUGGCUUAGGAGAGUGGGAAGAUGUGUUCCGUUUAAGCGACGUUCACCGAAGGAAAGGUGGUAGAUGUUGUUGACUCGAUAUGACUUCCGUAUACGCCGCUGCUGCUGUCCAACCCGGAGAUGAAUACAGUAUUACCCGAGGCUGAUGUUCUUAAAUGAUUGACUGGAUCGAAGGCAGAUCACACGGCUCAGCCACCGCACAUCCUUCGGAGAUCUAUCAAAUCUUACAGCUGACUGGCUUGUAUC